CUGAGCCGUGGGCUGCCCUCAGCGCCUUUGCCUCCAACCAGGAGUAAACGUGGCCACGGCCUCUUCCGCCGAGGCGUGGUGUCAAGGGUCACGCAAGAUGGCGGCGCCCAGCGGCCGCUGAGGCGUGAAGCGGAGAAUGGCGCUGGUUUCGUUGGUGGCUGGGGCUCGGCUGGUGCGGCGGCUGAGCGGGCCGGGGCCGGGGCCGGGGCCGGGGCGAGGGCACUGGACGGCGGCCAGGCGCUCGCGGAGCCGGCGCGAAGCGGCAGAAGCGGAGGCGGAGGUGCCCGUGUUCCAGUACGUGGGCGAGCGCGCUGUUCGCGCCGAUCGUGUCUUCGUGUGGGGCUUCAGCUUCUCAGGGGCGCUGGGCGUGCCCACCUUCGUGGUGCCCAGCUCCAGGCCCGGCCCCGGUGCCGGCCCCCGGCCGCCCCGCAGGAUCCAGCCUGUGCCCUAUCGUCUGGAGCUGGACCAAAAGAUUUCGUCCGCUGCUUGUGGCUAUGGAUUUACACUGCUGUCCUCUAAGACCACUGAUGUUACGAAAGUUUGGGGGAUGGGACUCAACAAAGAUUCUCAGCUUGGAUUUCACAGGAGCCGGAAGGAUAAGACGAGGGGCUACGAGUAUGUUUUGGAGCCCUCACCUGUCCCCCUGCCUCUGGAUAGACCUCAGGAGACACGAGUGCUGCAGGUCGCCUGUGGCCGAGCUCACUCUCUUGUCUUGACAGACAGGGAAGGAGUCUUCAGCAUGGGAAACAAUUCUUAUGGGCAAUGUGGAAGAAAGGUGGUCGAAAAUGAAAUUUACAGUGAAAGUCACAGAGUCCACAGAAUGCAGGACUUCGAUGGACAGGUGGUCCAGGUGGCCUGUGGUCAGGAUCAUAGUCUGUUCCUGACGGAUAAAGGAGAAGUCUAUUCUUGUGGAUGGGGCGCUGAUGGGCAAACAGGUCUGGGUCACUACAAUAUCACCAGCACGCCCACCAAGCUGGGUGGAGACCUGGCAGGAGUGAACGUUCUCCAAGUUGCCACCUACGGUGACUGCUGCCUGGCCGUGAGUGCCGACGGCGGUCUUUUUGGUUGGGGGAACUCUGAGUACCUGCAGCUCUCCUCUGUCACUGACUCCACACAGGUGAAUGUGCCCCGGUGCUUACACUUCUCAGGAGUGGGGAAGGUGCAAGAGGCUGCCUGCGGUGGCACGGGCUGUGCGGUGUUAAAUGGAGAGGGACAUGUUUUUGUCUGGGGCUAUGGAAUUCUUGGCAAAGGCCCAAACCUAGUGGAAACUGCCAUCCCUGAAAUGAUUCCGCCCACUCUCUUUGGCCUGACGGAGUUCAACCCAGAAGUCCGCGUUUCCCGCAUCCGAUGUGGACUCAGCCACUUUGCUGCACUGACCAACAAAGGAGAGCUGUUCGUGUGGGGCAAGAACAUCCGAGGGUGCCUAGGAAUCGGUCGCCUGGAGGAUCAGUAUUUCCCAUGGAGGGUGACGAUGCCUGGGGAGCCCGUGGAUGUGGCGUGUGGUGUGGACCACAUGGUGACCCUGGCCAAGUCAUUCAUCUAAACCUCCUCCUUCGCCUGCUUGGGCGGCCCCGGCCGGGGAACCGCUGGCAUUGCUUGGCAGAGGCCAGCGCAUGGCCAGCGCCCCGGGGUUCUUGGUGGCGGCGGAUCAGUACCCUGCGUGCACUGUGACGCUCUCUCCUGAACCCCUUAGCAGGUACCUACCAGGAGGAUCUGGGGCAGGGUCCCUCUCCAGCUGCGGGUGAGGCCUGUGGAACUUGGCGCAGAACGUUGGCCGUUGGUGGGCCGCUGUGGCCAGCACGUCCCUGCUCUCUCCAGGUAGCACGGGCAGUGUCUGGCUUCACGUCUGGCCUGAGAAGUCCAUCUUAAGAAAGCUUCGCUUGAACGCGGUGCUUGGGAGGUCCCCCUCUGUCGCGGUGGUCUCGGUUUGCAUCUGGCCAAGGCCAUGCACGUGCCUCGGACUGAAACCCACUUUCAGCAAGGGAGCCUGGCUGCUUUCAGCCUGUGGUUUUCAUUCAAGCCACCCUGCUUGUGGCCUUUCCUGGCCACCGGCCACACCACAAGCUCACUGGGGGACCCCAGAAGCACCGUGGCCGGGAUUCAAUCUGAAGCUCCCCACGGGCACCAGCCUCAGCCGCCCGCCCCGCUCACUGCCUGGCUCGGAAAAGUUGAGAAGCCCCUCAGGAAGAGAAUCGAGGCCAAGUUCCUGUGGGCCAAGGGCCGAGCACCCCCGCCGAGGCUUGGCCGCAGUGCCAGGCUCAGAGCAGGGAGACCCAGAAACGUUUGAUUUAGUAGCGUGACUUGCCUUUACAAAUCUGUCUGGAAUAAAGUCUAUUUUCUGCCUUUUGGUUUUUAAGAUCUGAA